AUGCUUAAAUUAAAGAGGGAGUAUUUUAGAAAUUCAAUUCAAAAAUUAGCUAGAGAAGAAAUCUUCAAAAAGAAAAGGAUUGUUACAAAUAAUAACUACAAUCAUGAAAGUAAUCCAUUUAAUGAAAGUAAUUAAUUUAUUUUGAAUUGAAGAGUUAAACUAAUUAUUUGAAUCAGAAUUAACAAUCUCAGAUAUUGCUAAAUAACUAGAAUAAUUAUAUGAGGAGUACAAGUUAUUUCCAGAACGAAAUACCCUAGUACAUCGAAAUAAAUUACAUUUAGGUUCUCGCACAAAUUAAAAUAUUAAGUAUGAAGGUGGCUACAAUGAAGAUAUAAGAACACAUAAAUGAUUUCUACAACUCUAUUAAAAGUAACUAUCUUAUCUAAAUAAGACAAUAUUUUACCUGAAUUGAUUAAGUACUGUUCCCAAACAUAUGCAGAUGAUGUAAAUACAGUUGAGUUAACAAACAACAGUCUAUGGAUUUUAAUCAACUUAACUUUAGCAGAUGAUUGUGUUAAUUAUCUAUUGGAUUAUGGGAAUGGUUAUUUCUUAGAAUAAAUCAACUUUCUUAUUAAAUCAAAAUAUGAAGUCAUAGUUCAUAGAGUUUUUGAAUUGAUAUUCAAUAUGACAGUUGAAGAAUAAGCCUGUGAUCGAAUUCUACUAGAUUCAAAUUUUAAUGAAGCAUUCCUACAUCGUUUGAAAAGAUAGAAUUCAGAAAUCAUUAUGAAUUUAGCAGCCUCUAUAAUCAAGAACUUUUGCAAUAACUUUAGAAAUGAGAAUUUGCAAAAAAUCUUAGAUUUUAUAUUCUAUUGUAUUAGAUUUGAGAGUGUAAAUGGAUUAAGUUAUAUGAUUACAGAUGAAUAUUGUGCACAAUUCUUAACUUUUUAUAGAGGUCUUUGUCUUAAAUUGUUUACUCAUCCUAAUCAUUCAAUUAACUUUAUCAACUAUCUCUCAUCUCAUUCAUCCAAUGAAGUACUUGAUGUAUGUAUUAUCAUAUAAAUUUAUAGUUAUUACUUGAUUAUCCUAUAGUGGAUGAAUUAAUUCGAAUUAAGAACUCUAAUCAUUAGGUCAAAGUCUAUUCCACAUUCUCUAAUUUAGCUACUCAUCAACCAUUUCAUAAUGAAUUGAGAGUGCUCUUCUAAGACAUUUAUGAGUAAUAUGAGAAAUCAGAUCUUAAAAUGAAAUUGGAAUUAGGCUAUUUUGUUUCUACUUAUAUUAUAAAUUGUGAUCCUACAUUUUAUGGAGACUUAAUUAAUAAUGGUGUAAUAAAUCUAUUAGUAGAUUUCUUUAGAGAAAUAUAUGAUCCAAAAGCAAUCUAUUUGGCUUUGUAAGCUGUACUUCAUUUAUUUAUGAAUGAGAAUUCAAAAUAAAUAUUCGAAAAAUUAGGGGGUUUUAAAUAAUUGGAAAAACUCAGAUAAAAUGACAACAUAAUUGAAUUAGCAUCCAGAUUAAAUUGA